GCAUUACUGUGACCCCCCAUCUGAGCUUUUUGGGCGCUGCAGCGAGAGCAUCAAUCAGUCAAUUACCGCCAGCCUCGACAACAGCCUCGUCCACCAAUACAACCGCCGCCUCACCACUACAAUUUGCAACGAUGUUGUCAAGGCGCAUGCUCACAAAGGCCGACGAGGAGUCCGUUGGCGACGAGGUCGAGGUCAGGAGGGAGGAUCAGGACAAGAUCAACAAGUUCAGUCGUCUGCACCAGCGCGAACUCAUUAUCGAGGAGGAGCUCAGGAACAAGAGCAAGGAGAAGGAAGAACUCGACGACCUCAGCACUGAGUUGGAGCUCACCGACGAAGACGAGACAGUACCAUACAAAAUUGGUGACGCCUACUUCCACGUACUACAGCCGCAAGCGAUUGAAAUGCUCGAGCAAGCGUCAACCAAGAUCGAGGAGGACGUCGAGGGACUGGAAUCGAAGCUGGAAACCAUCAAGGAGGAGAUGACCCAACUGAAGGUCGAGCUGUACGCCAGGUUCGGGAAGAGCAUCAACCUCGAGACAUGAACAAUGGCAAUCGGGACAAACCAUCAACUCCGUCGCAUUCCAGGUUCUCGGGUUCACGGCGCGAUGCAUGCAGCGACAGAUGAUACAACAAGCGGGAUGCCCCAUUCGCUUCGAUGAGAUAUUCGCUAUCGCGCACACUGGUGCGACUAAGCGCAACUUAAGACAAACACCCACAACGGCCUGAAGUCCGGUCAGGAUCAUUCCCAACGACACCAGCUAAAUAUGGCGACUUCAACAACGCAUCUCACUAGCGGUACGGCGGUGGUUAUCACUUGUGACGGCAUGUCUCUCUCGCUAUUGCAAAGUGUGGGAGUCAAAGUGCGCUAUGUCAAGCCCAAGUGAUCUUUGUGGAGGGGCAACGCCGGGGAUGCGGCGGGAAAGAACAUCAGUCGCCGCGGCCGGCUAAGCGGCCUAGAGGACCAAGUGGGUCCGCGCUUCGGCUCCGAUGUGGAUGACGAACCAAUCAAUGGCAGAUCGCGCCUUUUCCUCCUACCUUCACUGGCCUCCUCUUGCACUCGUCAGCCAGACGGAUAUAAGACUUCAUUGUGCUUGUUAUGUCCGGCCCAGUCAGCGGUGCCAUUUUUGUUUGCUAAAAUGCAAAGAGAUGGUGGGAGCGAGAACUAGACCGUCUCGGUCCACAAGGGUGAUCGGCCACAUGCAGCAUGCAGUCACCGAUUUUCGGUCCCCUUGACCCUUUGGGUCAUUAUUCAUC